AUCCAAUUUUAUUUCAGUCUCUACCUCCACACAACAAACUCCAGGUGGCGUUGUCUUGUUUCUUUCUUCUCUUUCUUCAAACUCCAAAGUAUUCUUUAUUUCUAGUUUUUUGUCUCCUUUCUUGGGAUUGCACAGAACAGAUCAAAGAAAGUAGGUGCUUUUGCUUAGGAAUGCUUUUGGGCAUUUAACUUUGUAAACUGAGUGGAAAAGAGUGUACCAAGAUGCCUACCGGGUACCGCAGUGGGGGCUUUAAGAGAACACAUGAUGGUGCGAGGCUUGUCAUCACAACAAUUCUGGGAAUAGUGUUUGGAUAUUUUAUUGGUGUUUCAUUUCCAUCAGGUUCUCUUAACAAGAUUCGCUUACCUUCAAGCCUUAUGCCAUCUAUUAAUAUAGCCAUAUCUGAUGAAGGUAUAUAUCCUCCUGAAAAAAAGCCUGAAACCAAUGGUCAGUCAGAGAAAAUACCCAAGAUAUAUGUCCCUACAAAUCCUCGUGGUGCAGAAUUAUUACCUCCGGGCAUUAUUGAGGCAGAAUCUGAUUUCUACUUACGCAGAUUGUGGGGUGAACCCAGUGAGGAUCUGAAGAAAAAACCUAAGUACUUGGUAACGUUUACAGUUGGUCUUAACCAGAGGAAAAAUAUAGAUGCUUGUGUUAAAAAGUUUUCAGAGGAUUUCCAAAUUUUGCUCUUUCAUUACGAUGGCCGUACAAGUGAGUGGGAUGAAUUUGAGUGGUCAAAAAAUGCAAUCCAUGUUAGUGCGAGGAAACAAACAAAAUGGUGGUACGCAAAAAGGUUUUUGCAUCCUGAUAUUGUUGCUGCUUAUGAAUAUAUUUUCAUCUGGGAUGAAGAUCUUGGUGUAGAACACUUUAACGGAGAUAGGUUCAUAGAGCUGGUCAAGAAGCAUGGUCUGGAGAUCACUCAACCAGGCUUGGAGCCCAAUAAUGGACUAACAUGGCAGAUGACAAAGAGGAGAGGUGAUCGAGAAGUUCACAUGGUUACUGAGGAGAAACCAGGCUGGUGCAGUGACCCACAUCUGCCUCCAUGUGCUGCCUUUGUGGAAAUUAUGGCCCCUGUAUUUUCUCGAGAAGCUUGGCGAUGUGUUUGGCAUAUGAUUCAGAAUGAUUUGGUUCAUGGAUGGGGAUUGGAUUUUGCCCUCAGAAGAUGUGUUGAGCCUGCACAUGAGAAGAUUGGUGUUGUGGAUUCACAGUGGAUUGUCCAUCAAGUAAUUCCUUCUCUUGGAGCCCAGGGUAGCACUGAAGAUGGGAAACCUCCUUGGGAAGGGGUGAGAGCAAGGUGCAAAAAUGAGUGGUCUAUGUUCCAAGAUCGCCUCGCCCAAGCAGACAAGGAAUAUCUAGCCCAGAUUGGGAAGGGGUGAUUUUGUGCAUUUCCUGACAACAUUCCCAUCCAUCUCUCUACCUCCACUCUGUACAUGUUUGCUUGUAAGGGGUGAUUAUUUAGUGGUCAGUACUACUAACUACGAGUGAUAUUCUGCUGAAGAUGGUGGACUCAUUUCUGGAGCCAUGCUUUCUGUAUCUUAUACAUUUUUAUAGUUAAUAUGGGAAUAGAAAAUUUUUGAGCUU